CCUAGCGAAAAUUUCUCCACCUCUUUGUUCAAAUCACCAUCUUCUCCAGAAACAUCCAUUAGCACUAAAAAAAAAAAAAGCAGAAAAGUUCUCAUUUACUCUCCGGUCGUGCAUGGCAGUGAGUUUAUUGGCGGGUGAGGUAUCCGACCUAUGCCUUGGGAAGCCUGCGUUGAGGUUCCUCUCUAUAUCCGCCACGGUUGGCGACGCGUUGUCGGCGUUGAAGAGAUUCGGAGACAACUAUAUCAGUGUUUGGAACUGUGAUAAUCGUCAUGAUUGUGUAGGCAAAGUUUGCAUGGUGGAUAUCAUUUGUUUCUUAUGUAAGGAAGAAAACCUGUCGAAUCCUGGAACUGCUCUUCAGGCUCCAGUUUCUGUCCUAAUUCCUAAGGCACCUGGCCUUGUCCGACAUUUGGAACCUAAAGCAAGCUUGGUGGAAGGGAUAGAUUUGAUUCUGGAAGGAGCACAAAAUCUCGUGAUACCGUUAGAAAUCGGCAACAGGAAUUCAAGAAAAAAGCUUCUUCAAAAAACUGUGUCUAAUUCAACCCUUCAUAACAGCAGCCAAUAUUGUUGGCUCACUCAAGAAGACAUAAUUCGUUACCUUCUGAAUUCCAUUGGCCUUUUCUGCCCCACUCCUAUUAAUCCAAUCAACUCCCUUGACAUCAUCGAUGCACAGAACAUCUUGGCCGUCCAUUAUGAUGAUCCGGCAUCUUUGGCCUUACCCUUCAUUGCUCGGUCUCAUGAGAUGCAAACUUCAGUUGCUAUUGUCGACCGUGACGGCAAGUUGAUUGGCGAAAUUUCGCCAUUCACGUUGAAUUCUUGUGAUGAGGAUGUAGUAGCUGCCAUUGCUACCCUUUCGGCUGGUGAUUUGAUGGCUUAUAUAGACUGCGGUGGACCCCCGGAGGAUAUAGUUCAGUUGGUGAAAGAGAGGUUGCAAGAGAGGAAUUUGGAGCAAGCUUUGGAAUUGAUGGAAGAAGAUUCAGAGAUUUCAUCAGGAGCUUCAUUUUCAUCAUCUUAUUCCUCUUCGUCUGAUGAGGAGUUUGGGGUGGGGAGGAGUUGGAGGUCAGGCGGGUAUUCAGCUAGGGUGGUGAGGAGAUCAGAGGCAAUUGUGUGCUAUCCAUGGAGCUCGUUGGUGGCAGUGAUGAUUCAGGCGCUUGCACACCGUGUAAGUUAUGUGUGGGUUGUCGAAGAGGAUGGAACUUUGGCUGGGAUUGUUACCUUCGCUGGAAUGAUGAAAGUUUUCCGGGAGCAUUUGAGGACUAUGGCUUAGGGUAGUAUUGAAGCUGGAUCCAGAACAUAACACCAAAAAUACUAAGAAAUCCAUAAUUAAACCUAUAUUUGGUGAUAUGAUUCAAAUGUAUUAAUUCAGUGAGAUCCAGAAUUCUAAAAGAAAAUCAACCUGGCUGCAAGUAAUUGACUUAAUGCAGACAUUUAUGACUUUAAUGCAUGGUUUCUAGAGCUUCCAACAAAAUCCUUUGGACAGGAGUUUUCUCACUGCUUAAUUCCUUUUUGUCCCAAGUUAUGCCAAAAAUCAAACAGAUUCAAGACCAUGUAUCACAAUAUAAAUCUUGCUAGCGGCUAAAGACAUUCAUUAUAUAGCUUGAUUUUGAAUUCAA